AUGCCGAUUGACCCAAUCCAUGUCCCCUAUGCAGAGCUGCUUCCAGGGUUACUUAAGAAAAAUUUGGUCCAAACUAGAGCACCUCCUCCGGUACCAGAAAAACUGCCGUCCUGGUAUAGACUUGACCAGACUUGCGAUUUCCAUCAAGGGGGUCGUGGUCAUAAUAUUGAAACCUGUUAUGCCUUUAAAAGCACGGUACAGAGGCUAAUCAAUGACGGAAAGAUAACUUUUACGGACUCAGCGCCGAAUGUUCAAACAAAUCCAUUACCAAACCAUGGUGCUCCAGCCGUCAACAUGGUCGAAGAUUGCCAAAGGACUCACCUCAUUCUUGACGUCCAACACAUCCAAACACCCCUAGUCUCAUUACAUGCCAAGUUAUGCAAAGUGAACCUUUUUGAGCAUGAUCAUGAUAUCUGCGAAGUGUGCCAGCUAAAAUCCGGGGGAUGUCAGAAAGUAAGAGGUGACAUUCAAGGACUUUUGGACCGAGGAGAACUCGUUGUCGAAAGAAGGUGUGAUGAUGUAUGUGUUAUAACUCCUGAACAGCCUUUUGAGAUAUUCUAUGACAGUCGGAAGUCAACAGCUACUCCUUUAGUGAUCUGCUUGCCUGGUCCAAUACCGUAUGUAUCGGAGAAGGCUAUUCCUUACAAAUAUAAUGCCACUAUGAUAGAAGGUGGUCAUGAAGUUCCAAUACCGCCUUUGCCUUAUGUGAGUAACGUUGCUGGGGACAGUAGAAUACUGAGAUAUGGGCGUGUUGUUCCUAUAGUGUUCCCGAAGAAAGUUAGUGCUCCAAUGAUUGAGGAAGCUCCGGCUAAGGAUCCCAGUGCUAUCAAAGAGGUAAGCCAGUCCAAUGGGGCCGAUGCAAGUUCAGAGUUCGAUGAAAUUCUCAAGUUGAUAAAGAAGAGUGAAUAUAGGGUUGUUGACCAACUGAUGCAGACUCCGUCAAAAAUAUCCAUAAUGUCUUUGUUACUGAAUUCUAAGGCUCACAGGGAAGCACUGAUGAAGGUCCUGGAACAAGCUUUUGUGGACUAUAACGUAACCGUGGGCCAAUUUGGUGGGAUAGUCGGGAAUAUCACUGCCUGUAACAAUUUGAGUUUCAGUGAUGAAGAGCUCCCAGCAGAAGGAAAGAACCAUAACUUGGCAUUACAUAUAUCGGUGAAUUGA